AUGAAUUCAACAAGUAAUCUUCUUCUAUAUGAAACAUCAAUUAGUGCGAUGAUUAUUCGCCUCGUGGGAGAGAUAACAGCAAAUGCUUUAGUUUUAUCAGAACAUCCUUAUGGGAAUUACGUUGUGCAGUAUAUAUUGUGCCUGAAGAUACCUCAGGUUACAGAAAAGACAUUGGAGCAACUUGCUGGAGCUUAUGCUUCUCUUUCCAUGAAUAAAUAUGGAAGCAAUGUGGUCGAAAAAUGCCUCAAGGAGUCUGAAGAACAUCAAGCUCUAAAGAUAGUCAAUGAGAUUAUUAGGAGUCCAAAUUUCUUGAUGGUUCUUCAGGAUCCUUAUGGCAACUAUGUUGCUCAGUCUGCACUGGCAAUCUCUAAGGGAGCUACUCGUUAUGCUAUGAUUCACCUAAUUCAUAUGCACUACGAGUUGCUGCACAGCCAUCCUCAUGGAAAAAGGGUCCUUGCACGAAUUCGAGGAAGAAAGCAACGUGUAUGAUUAUGUAAUAUUUAGUACACCGCGCUCACAUGCCCAUAUUUAUUUUGGCGUCUCUAUGUGUGUCUAAUAACUACAUUUGUUGGUAUAAUAAGUUUGUUUAUUGUUUGUAUUUUGUUUAGGAAAUAACUAAGGAUGCUUAGUUAUGGGUUGUGAAGUAGAUUGUCCUAGAUUUUAUUCUCUGGGAUUUUGCUGUUGUUUCUUGUAGGUACUGUUGGAUUUAUUGCAAAGUUUUUUUGUUGGAUUAUUUAUCAAUAAA